AUGAAAGAUGAAGACUCAAAAUAAGUGUAGAACUACAUUUUAUGUAAAUCUAUUCUCUUUAGCAAGAGCGCACGUUGGGCCAAGGAACUUUUGGCAAAGUCUAAUUGGGAUAUCACACUAUUGCAGAUGAAUAUGUAAUAUUGAUACUAAAACUCAUAAGGUAGCAAUCAAAAUCCUUGAGAAGAGGAUGAUCGAAAAACAAAGUGAUUUGGUCAGAGUUUAAAGGGAAAUCUCAAUCCUCAAAAAAGUUAGUCAUCCAAAUGUAAUCAAAUUGUAUGAGGUAAUUUUAUCAUAAUCAAAACAAGAUCAUAGAAUCAGAGUCAUGUGUGUAUCUAGUGAUGGAAUAUGUGAAGGGUGGAGAAUUGUAUGAAUACAUAAUUAAGAAGAAAUAGUAAUCUGAAUCCUAAUUGAAAUUAGCCUACCAGAAAAUAUAGCAGUACGCUACUUUUAGUAGUUGAUCUUUGCAACUGAAUAUUUGCAUUCCUAAUACAUAACUCAUAGAGAUUUGAAACCAGAAAACCUUUUGCUCGAUGAGAAUCGAUAAUUAAAGAUUGCCGACUUUGGUUUAAGCUUUAUCUCCUAAACUCAAGGCGAAUAUCUUAAAACCGCUUGUGGAUCUCCUUGCUAUGCUGCACCUGAGAUGCUCGGUAUACAUUAAAAAUAAUAAGUGGGUAAAACUUAUGAGGGAACCAAAAGUGAUAUCUGGAGUUGUGGCAUCAUUUUAUUUGCUAUGCUAUGUGGAUAUUUACCUUUUGAACAUGAAAACACAUAACAAUUAUAUGAAUUAAUAAAGACUAGCGAUUUUGAAAAGCCUGAAUACUUAUCCAAGAAUGCCAAAGAUCUAUUAACAAGUAUUCUAGUCAAAGAUCCAAAUAGAAGAAUUAAUAUUGAAUAAAUUAAAUAACAUCCAUUUUUUUUGUAGCACACAUCCAUCCCAUCCAAGAAUCUGAGUUUGAAUGACUAAGGAAUCAUUGCAAAAAUGAUAGAAAUGGGGUAUCAACAAAAUUAAAUUAUAACCUAAUUGUAAUAAAAUAAACAUAAUACACUAACUACCAUAUAUUACUUGUUAUAAAAAAAAUGCAAUCAACCUCAGAAAAGAGGCUUUUUUCAAAAUAUUCAAAAUAUUGGUAAUCUCAAACUUGAUAUCAAUCAAAAACGAUUUACAAUUUCAAAGUUUCAGCCCUCUCAAUAAGGGUCACCUAUUUUAGAGAAAAUAGAUAAGACCAAAUAAUCCAUUAGGCCAAAAUUAGAGUUUUCACCCUAUUUAAAGACUUAGAUUUCCUAAAAAUUCAAGAAAGUUAAUUUAUCGGUUUAGUCUAAAAGAGUGAGUGUUCAAAUAGAGAACUAAAGAUAAAAGACUAAUUCUGUUUAAGAAAAACAUUGCGAAAGGCCUUGCAUUUUCACACAACUUAUCUAGGAUCAGAAGUACAUUAUAAAUUGAAUACUUUAGAUCUAGAAGUUAAUCUAGAAAAAACUCAAAACAUUAGGCCUCUAUCUAAAGGAGAGAUUUAGAAUAGGCAAUAAAAACUGAUAAUAAUGAGGAGAACUUAAGUAAUUAGAAAGGUAUUUAUGCUUAAGUAAGAUAAAGAAAUAAAACUCAACCAAAUAAAAAUGAUGAAGGAUCAAAAUACUUUGAAAAAGCAUCAAAAUUGAAUACAUCUCAUUAGGUAUUUAGCUAAUUAAAAUUAGAUGGCUGAGAAGAAUCCAUAAUACUCCCCUUAUAUAAACAUGAAUAUUAGUAAUCAUAGACAACUGUUUAAAUAGAUUUAUAAUGGAAAUUUGUAUGAUUUGAUGAAGAAAAAAGGUGAGUUCAAAACCAGAAUAUUAUGA